ACCACGCAGCCGCAGUAGGGCUUGGCGCCUUCGCCUUACAGCCGCCGCCGCAACCGCGUCCAUGGCGAAGGGCAAGUUCAAGGGCAAGCCCACGGGGGAGCGCACCUUCUCCACUCCAGAGGAGAUCGCGGCUGGUACUUCAGCUGGUCGUCCAAGGACCUUUAAGAAGCAAUCUGAAAAGGAUGUCUAUGAUAGAAGGGGAGAACUAGAAGAGGAAGAAGAAUCUGAAGAUUUUGCGAAACCAAAGCACAAAGGUACAGAAGGUCUUAUCGAGAUUGAGAAUCCAAACCUGGUGAAACCAAAGAAUAUAAAAGCCAAGGACAUUGAUAUUGGUAAGACAAGUGACAUCUCCAGGCGUGAAAGAGAGGAGCUUGAGAAACAGAAAUCUCAUGAGCGUUAUAUGAAGCUUCAGGAGCAAGGAAAAACAGAACAGGCUAGGAAAGAUUUAGAACGACUUACCUUAAUACGGCAACAAAGAGCAGAAGCUGCAAAGAAGCGCGAAGAGGAAAAGGCUGCGAAGGAAGAGAGGAGACAAAAGAGCGCUAGUGACCUGCCAUAGUAUGGACAACAGAGUUUUGUGGGAGCUGUGAUAGCUGAAUGCUAGUUGUAGUUUCCAUGCUUCUGAUAGCACUUGAACUCCCUUUUACCGUACUUAUUUACCAUUUGAGUAGUAUGCAAUGCUUUGUAAAGUGGAGGUGCUUGUCGAUGGCCACUAAAUGUCAAAUUUGACCG